AUGGCAACAACCAUCGAGGGGGAUACACACAACAACGGUGGACCCACACGGAGGACACAAGAACAAGAGCGCCCGAGGCACACGCCAAAUUUGAUAAACUUGAAGGCGCUAGCUCAGCGUCCUUGUCGCCCCAAUGUCGAAGUCUCCGUUCUUACCCUUCCGUCGAGUGCUACAUCGCCCGAGCUCUGUCUGGACAGCCCAGACGUAGCGGCGGCCAAGGCCUUGGUCCUCAAGUCCCAGUUGCCCGCUGCUCGUCAGGAGAAGACGAGCGUGGACGAGCCUCAGAGGACAUACACCUUCACCGAGGAGGAACUCCAGAGCUUGUUCAUGAAUCUACUCAACUCGCAAAACACUUCGAACACGGCUGCCGACGUUGAUACCAAAGAAACCUGUGUCCCGGGUACGUUGACCGCUUAG